UCUUAUCAGUUCGCGAACUUCAUUAUAUAGAAGGGAUAAUGUCGAAACAACACGGUCUUGUUAUUCUAUUCGCUUUGUUGGCAGAUGGCAUAUAUGGCAUACACAACGAAUCAUGUCAACAGCCUCCGAGGGAACCGAUUGUCCAGAUGGCUGGAUGGCAUUUGAAGGCUCCUGCUACUAGUGUGCUGACAGACCUGCACACUUUACUGAAGCUACGGCACUACUGUCAGCAACAUGGUGGGAGUCUUAUCCACGUUGAUUCAGACACGGAGAAUGAUUUUAUAAGGAAUUAUCUCAGAGGUCUCAGCAGAUCGAGUGGGCAUCAAUGGUGGUUGGGACUUACCGACGAAUUGGUAGAGGGACACUGGAGAUGGACGGACGUAAACAAACCGGCUACGUUUCUCGACUGGGCGCCCAACGAACCGAACAUUGCGGUAGAAGAUUGUGCUGCAAUUAUACCUCUUCUAGACUUCCACUGGGCGGAUGUUCUCUGUGAUCGUCUUGACAUCAUCCCGCUGUGUGAGAUUAGGCUCUCUGAGGAAACUGUGAUUGUUGGCUGAUAAACGUUUCUGCGUUGAUGCGUCUGAUUUCUGGCUCAAAGCAGCGUAUUAAUACUUAAAAUUUUCUGUAAAAAAAAUAAACAUACUAAUUAA